CAGAGGAAGAACGCAACUCAGCCUAGAGUUUUCUGGAAGAGCUAGAGCCACAGGAGCAAGAAGGUAAGACGAAUGUAGCCUCAGAACCCAGAUGCCAGGCCUUUCCUUAGGAGCCAUAUAUCUGACUUCAGUGAAGACCAGGCUUCCACACUGAGGCUCUCGACACUGGCCCCCGCCUCUCUGUGCCGCCCUGAGCAGCAUGCAGCCCCUGGGCCUCGAGGGUACCCCCGCGAUCCGCCGGCGACCUCCGCUACGUCUCCUGCUCCUAGCGCUGCUGCUGCCGCCGCGGCCUAUAACCAGUGCCCAGAACACACCGGGAACCUCCAGCUCCCCGACCCCGCCAGCCACUCCCAGCUCCUCCGCCACGCCGGGGGCUUCCAGCGCCCCAAGUCUGCGGGAGCGCGCGCGAGCCCUGAUGCGGGACUUCCCUCUCGUGGAUGGCCACAACGACAUGCCCCUUGUUCUGAGGCAGUUUUACGGCAACAGACUACAGGAUGUCAAUCUGCGCAAUUUCAGCCAUGGCCACACCAGCCUGGACAGGCUUAGAGAUGGUCUCGUGGGCGCCCAGUUCUGGUCAGCCUACGUCCCCUGCCAGACACAGGAACGGGAUGCCUUGCGCCUCACCCUGGAGCAGAUCGACCUCAUCCACCGCAUGUGUGCCUCCUAUUCUGAGUUGGAGCUUGUGACCUCAGUUCAAGCUCUGAACAACACCCGGAAGUUGGCUUGCCUCAUUGGUGUGGAGGGUGGCCACUCACUGGACAGUAGCCUUUCCGUCUUGCGUUCCUUCUAUGUGCUGGGUGUGCGCUACCUGACAUUCACUCACACCUGCAACACACCAUGGGCAGAGAGCUCAGCUAAGGGCAUCCAUUCCUUCUACAACAACGUCACUGGGCUGACCAGGUUCGGUGAGAAAGUGGUGCUGGAAAUGAACCGCUUGGGCAUGAUGGUCGAUUUGUCCCAUGUCUCAGACACUGUGGCUCGGAGAGCCUUGGAAGUGUCACGGGCACCUGUGAUCUUCUCCCACUCGGCUGCCCGAGGUGUGUGCAAGAAUGCCAGGAACGUUCCUGAUGAUAUCCUACAGCUUCUGAAGAAGAAUGGUGGCAUCGUGAUGGUGACUUUGUCAGUGGGGGUGCUGCAAUGCAACCCAUUAGCCAACGUGUCCACUGUGGCAGAUCACUUUGACUACAUCAGGGCAAUCAUUGGAUCCAAGUUCAUUGGGAUUGGCGGAGAUUAUGAUGGGGUCAGAGGGUUCCCUCAGGGGCUGGAGGACGUGUCCAUGUACCCGGUUCUGAUAGAGGAGUUGCUGAGUCGCGGCUGGAGUGAGGAAGAGCUCCAGGGUGUCCUUCGCGGAAAUCUGCUGCGGGUCUUCAGACAGGUGGAGCAGGUACGGGAGGCAAGCAAGGGGCAAAGCCCGCUGGAGGAUGAGAUCCCGGAUGAGCAGCUGGGCAGCUCUUGCCGCUCUGUUCUCUCACGUCUGCACCAGACACGGUACCUGGCUCCAGACCAGAAACUAACUGAGCCUUCAGAGCACUGGACACCUAAGUGGUCACCUAGACAAUCAUUGUCAAGAUCUCCCCCCAGAAUGGCUCCAGGCCUCACAGUUACUGCUGCCUGUUUAAUCCUCAUUCUGUGGUUCUGGUGACCCAGUUAAUCCUACCAGAUGUUACUACGGCAGCUACAGACACUGCACAAUGUUCCCCCCGUCAUGCAGGCACAAACAUUUCCUGAAAAUAAAUGUUUUACACA